AUGUCGAACGAGAAAGGUGAUCACGAACCUGAUCAGACCGUAAAUGGCAACAAAGAAACGCAUAUGGAGGGAAGUAAUGCAGUGCAGGAAGAGAAAGAACUCUCUGCUAAUGUAUGAUCACAAAUUCAGAGCAUAAAAGCCGAAAGAUCCCAAGAAAAGUCCAGUGUAACAGGACUGAUUACAAGGUUGACAAAGCUUAUUCAUGACCGGAGGGAACAAACCCAAAUAUGUGAAAUCUUAUGGAAAAUCGGAAGCCAAAUCAAAGGGGCAAACAGUUGUAAUCGAAAACUUUACACACUGGUUUCUAGUAAUGAAUUUGACUCUGUAGUGAAGUGGUUCAUCGAAGUAGCUGAAAAGGCUGAUGCAAUUGCAAAGGCAUUGACACAUCUUGAGGAGCAUGAAGAUGAACCCCCUCUAUCUUGGGAUCGAUAG